AGAUAGUAUUUGUUGGCCACUUUAAUCUGGACCAGAGUAAUUUAACAAAUCUGCUUUUGUUGUCAACUGUGCCUUCUCAGCGAAGUUAAAGGAUAUGUUGUGAGAAUGAAAGCGUGUAGUUGUCUUAUCGUGGCAUUUGUGGUGAGUGUUGGCUAACUAAUGAUCUUUAGUUUAAAACUCAGAUUUCACGAAGCGAUUUGGAGCAUCUGUGGCUAGCCAGUUAGCGGAGAUUAGCUAGCAUGGGUGAUGGCAGUGUUGUCCCGAGGCUCGGCAACAUGAAGGCUUUGCUUGGAAUAAUCGCUGGAGCUGGAGCUUCUUAUGGUUUGUACAAACUCAUCAGUGGGCAAACGUUUAAGAAAAACAAGAAAAGUACUGUAAGUGAAAGUCCCGUCAGACCCAGUCAGCAGGGUGAAGUUAAGCUACAACCGGGGAGUCUGCUUGCUAAAGUAUCCGGACUUGAUGUUGUCUGUCCCCGUCCAGGUGAUGCCGCAUCAGGUGAAGUCAUCCAUCAGUCCCCUAACAAUUUGGAGCCACAGCACUUGAAGAUGUUGCUGUCAUGUCUGCAGACCAGUGAAGACCCAUCUGACAGGUGUAGGAUUCUUGUUACAAUAGGAAAUGCUGCGGCCUUCACUGUAAAUCAGAAUCUAAUCCGGGAAUUCGAAGGGAUUCAUAUUGUAGCUCGUUUCCUUUCUGACCCCGAAGCCCAGGUCAGAGUGCAGAGUCUGAAUGCUUUAAAUAAUCUUUGUAUGAACAUCCCAAACCAGGAACAAAUUAAGCUUUAUGUGCCACAAGUGCUGGAGCUGAUUGAAAUGUCCCCGGUGAACUCAGACCUUCAGCUGGGAGCUCUGCGGCUGCUGACAAAUCUCUCAGUUACAGACAACCAUCAACACUUGUUGAAGAAAUCUGUUACCCUUCUCUUGUCUCUUCUGGUUGUGAGCAGUGAGGCGUUGCAGAUUCAGACCCUGAAAGUCCUCGUGAACCUGUCAUCCAAUCCAGACAUGAUAGAUGACAUAGUUCAAGCUCAAGCGCCAGCUUCUGUGCUGCUGCUGUUUGACGAGCGAACAGCCCCUCAGGUGCUUCUGCGACUGCUCACGUUUGCAGGAAACUUGAAAGCCUGGAGGCCCUCUGCACAGGUGGCAGAUGAACUACGGCGAAAACAGGAUAGUCUCUUCCGGGUCAUGCUGGAUGAAUCUUCCCAGCUCCACAGCAAACUUGUCCAGCUUCUUUCACACCCUGAUGGGCAGAUCCAGGCCCAGGUAGCGCGUAUUUUGACGUAGACCUCUCCCUCUCUGCACUCUCUGAAGCUUCUACCAAGUUUACCAAAGGCACCAACCCUGCCAACGCUUUAGCUUUUAAACUAAACAUCUCUAGCAUCACUACUGUAGAUGUUCAGGAUCUUUGACCUCCUGUGGACGUUCAACAACAUCCUCCACAGGAUGAUCCGUAUCAUCACCAGUCAAAACUGAAUUAAGUUUUCUUUUUCAGACACUCCUCCUCUGUUAGCAUCUUACGUAGCUACGAAUUAACAAAGCUGAGAUCAGGAUGACCUCAUUAGUUUGGUGUGUGGGUGUCAUCCCAGCCCACCUCCAUCUUUCCUGCUGCUCAAAGAUUUCAUCACCAGGUUCCCUUUUUUUAUUACUUCAAAGAUCCAGAACUCAUCUUCUGAGAACAUCAAAUUAAAUCACUGGGAAUGUAUUUCAGGUAAAUUUCAGAAUCGAAUCCUACUGCCAGAAGUUCUCAAAGGUUCGAGCAGCACAAGGCAGAUUAAUUCCUCUCUACAUUUUUUUGUUUAGAGGUGCAAAAAGAACGGUCUUUCUUAAUAAAGUUAAUUUUAAUCAGUUUAAAGGUUUUUUUGACCUUUAGUGACUCAAAAGGGAUUUAAAACCUUCCAUAAUGUUUGCUUUUCCUCCCCUGUAGACAAGGAUGUUGAUGUUCAGCCACUGUCUUAUCACGUUGUGAUUUGAGCCACAGCUGCAAGAAAGAUUUGAUUGCAGAAUGUUUUCAUGAUACAGAAUGCACCAGCUGGUGUACGGAAGUGUUGCAAAGCCCCCACCCCCCCAGGAAGAACAGGAGGAAACUGCAAAUAAAGAAAGAUUAUUAUUGUUCUACAACUUGUAGCUUAAAGAAAAAGUCAGAUCUGUUAGAAAGACUAGCCAUGAUUAUGACGUGUUGUGUAGUUAAAUAGUUAUUUGAUGACAACAGUGAUGAAUGUGAAAUGCAGGCCUAGCUGCCAUAUAAAUCUAUGCACAAAUAGUACAGCGAGUGACAGAACCAACUGUUGUGCAGCUGCUGGACCGGAGCUGUGGAUCCGUGUACCAGCAGAGUAUUUUACAAAAGGGAAGAAUACUGGAAAUGUGACGAUUCUGUUAAAAAAUAAUUUAAAUAUAGUUUUUUUUAGUAAAUGGUGGGUUUAGAUCUAAAGAAGUUGCUGCUCAUUUCUAUGUUUGGACACCAAUUUGUAUAAAAUCAAGUAAAAUACCUCUCAGGAGAUAAUGGUUUACCAAAACAUAGAAGAACACGGAUUGACCUAUGAGCUAGUUUAUUAUUUUAAUUAAAUAAAGAAGAUGAAUUAGUUUU